AUGGGUGCGUUCCGCACCGAGGCCCAGCGAAUGCAUGAAAACACUCGACAGCUGUAUCGACUCAUGAAGUGGGACCACAUUUCCGUACCCUCGCGUGCAUUGUGCGGUUGGAAUGCGAUUUUGAUGUCAGGGGUGAUGCUGCUUCCUUACCUACGACGGCACUGCACCAACUCUGUCCUCUCAAAAUCCCACUGGUCGUAUUUCGGUCUCGCUUUGUGCUCUUUCUGCCUCUCCACCACUAAAGUUGCGAAGGGAACUGCGCGUGAUUUGGCUACCGCAGCACCAACAAAGGCGGCAGGAAAUCAGUUAAACAAGACAAGAGAUAUGUGCGCUGCGAUGGCGCCUGUUUUGGCUUAUUGGGAUAUCAAAGGGCUUGGGGAACGGAGCCGUCUUCUGCUGAAAUAUGUGGGAGUCGAGUACGAUGACAAGCAGUACACGUUUGGCCCAGCUCCAACACUCGAUCGUAAUGCAUGGCUGUCAGAGAAGUUUUCGUUGGGUCUCGACUUUCCCAAUUUGCCAUACUACAUUGACGGCGACUUCAAGUUGACUCAGUCUGGCGCCAUUUUGGAGUACAUUGCUGAUAGACAUGGCAUGAGUGAGUUGUUCCUAAUUGUAAAAAGCGACGUGCAGUACUGCAUAUGCUUCAAUGCGAGGUUUUUUGAUCUCCAGAUGUCUUUCGGUGAUGUUUGCUAUAGCGCCGAUUGGGAGAAGUUGAAGCCAGGUUUCAUGGAGACCCUUGCACAAAAAUUGACGAACUUUGAGGCCUUUUUGGACGAAAAAGUAUGGCUUACUGGUGAGAAGAUCAGUUAUCCCGACUUUAGUCUGUGCGAGGUGUUGAUCGAGCUGAAGAAGUUUGAGCCAACGUGUUUGCAGAAGUAUCCCAAACUGCAGGCCUACUUGACGCGUUUCGAGAACUUGCCGCAGUUGAAGGAUUACAUAGCUUCGAAGGAGUUCGCGGCUCGUGCAUGCACUGGAGCUGAUGCACACUGGCGCGGUGACAGUUAG